UUUUGUGUUGAGCAUUUUUAUUUUUCAUCCGCCGUCUGCUGAUAUCUUGGAUAAGUGCCGUGCUCUGCGAAAAUCAUGGAUUACGUUGAUAUUCAGGCGGUGGAAUCGAAGCUGACCGAUGUGACCGUCACACCCAUACCGAUGAUCAAACACGCGCAUAGUAAUAAUCACGGCGGAAACCACGGCGGUGGCGGCGGCGGCGGCAGCAGCAGCAGCAACAACUGCAACAUCGCGAGUAUCAGCAUCACGCCUCAAACGAAUCACCAUCAUCAUCGCAGCCAAAAUCACACCAACUCUUCGGCAGCGGUAGCAGCGGCGGCAGCAGCAGCUGCUGCUGCGGCCGCGGCCAUGAACGAUGGAAACUCGGGAGCACUCGCCCUCACCGUCGGUUCCAAUUCCACUGCCAACCUAGUAGCCCCGGUUACCACGUACAACCAUUUUCCCAACAAUUCCGGACUCUCCAAGUACGCCCAGCUGCUGAUGGUGAUUGAGGAGAUGGGGCGCGAUCUGCGUCCCACCUAUUCCGGCAGCCGGAACUCGGCCGAACGCCUGAAGCGACUCAUCGUCCACGCACGUAUCCUGGUGCGCGAGUGUCUGGUGGAAACGGAGCGUUCCGCCAGGCAGUAACUGUGCAUGGUUGCGAAUCGUGGUGCCUCUCAGCCGCUUGGCCGGUCGUCGGAUGCUCCGUGAUGCUCGUCACAACACAUAGUACAAACGCAAAAGUUUCAUAGACAACUGCUGGCGAAGGAGUACAGAAUCAGUUAACGUCGGUACGGCGGAGGUGCAGCGCAGGAACAGACGACGUGGUAGACGACUUUGCUAGACCAGGGCCUUAGUGGUUAAGAGAUAGACGACUGGUGUAUUUACCGGGUGCUGACUGGAUUAGCGGUCUGAUCGACCGCUUGAGGACACGCUAGAUAGAAGGAGGCAGUAUACGUUUGAGCCGAAGCCGGGAUGGAACCGUCGCGAUACGAUUUAGAGGUAUACAGAGAGAAAUAGGAGCGGGCGAGCCAUUGAAGCGCUCUUUAGUUUGAAUUUUUACCUUCGAUAAGACACGACAUAACAUAAGCACGUUAAAAGACCGAUACACUGUGUAGCCUUUAUCUAUGAACGUAUAUUAUACCGUAUACAGAAACGCUCGACAAAGUAAUGUAAUUUGGAUAUCAUGUAUUUUAAGAGGAAAUUAAUAAAAGUCGUAUUUUAA